AUGCAACUAGAAGAUAUGCUAAUAUUUCAAAUUCCCAAAAGCAUCAAAGGAAGCGCUGCCCAAUAGAAAAAGGAAAAUGUUUAAAUGGAAUAAAAUAAUAACUCUAAUGAUUAAAGCAUGAUUUCUUAGCAAAAUAACUCUAAACUCAAUAUAUAAAACUCAAACAAAAGCAGCAGUAAAAUGGACACUAGCAUAAAUCUAAACAUUAAUGGUGGGGGAACUUCCUCCAAUAAAACUAGUGCCCCAAGUACCUGCAUCAAAAUCCCAUAAAAUAAGCACAGCUAAUAUAGAUAUAGCGGAAGCCCAGAUAAUUAAAAUGAAUUUGAUGACAGCGAAGACCAUCAUGAAGAAAAGCUACAGAAGCAGCCUCAAUAUAAUUCGCACUUAAAUGAUUCUUAAAACGAAUCAUUCCCUAUUAACGAGAAUAACUCAAGAAAUGGAUAGCUAAACACUAAUCCCUCAAUCUAGAACAAUGAGGCAGAUGAUUCUGCUUCUUAUGAUUUGCGGCCCACGCAAUUUCAAUAGUUUAGGAUUUCUGAGCUUGAAGAUUCUCAAUACGAGUAUGAAGAGUAGUAGAUGGUGCAGCAAUAAAUGGUAAAAUAGCAUCCACAGUUUUUUAGAAAAGAUCUUCAAUAGUUUUACGUUCAAAAUGUCAUUGAAGAGAAAUCUGAGACUAGUUCAUAUCAAACUGAAACUUACAACUAACUUGAAAAGUAAAUGGAUAAUUUUUAUGAUGAAGAUGAUUAAGAAGCUGAAGAGGAAUAUGAAAAUUUAGGGAACGACGAUUAGCAGGAACUUGAGGAAGCUCAAGAGCUAAUAGAAGAUGAAGAAUAUGAUUAGGAAAGCUAAGAAUUAGUUAGCGAUUUUUAAAAGCAAAGUGCAAGUUCUUCACUUAAAAAGAAAAAUGUGAAGAAUUAGCACUUUCAAUAUAUAAUGAAAAACUUUGACAAUGAGAAUCUUAGCAGAUAGCAUAAUACAGGUUACACAGACGAACAAGAAGCCUUUCUAUUUGACUCCUUAAAUUCUUUCUAUCCAAAAGGAGUUACUUAAGUAAAAAAAGAGCAAAAUAAUCAGCAACUCAUGCCAGAGAUCUAAUUGAUUAAGCAUCAAAGUCAGACAAAUCGUACUUAAAAUAAAAAUGGCACCGAUGCUAAUACAUACAAAAGCACAGCAAAUAGUAAAUCGAAAAAUCAACUUUAAUAACAAUAAUAAGAGGUUGCAGGCAGCGGACUUGCUUCUUAAAUGCAAAUAACAUUGCAAUAAGUAGUUGCUAAUUUUGCUUAGGAAAAGCAAAUGACUUUAUAACUAAAUGAGUAUAGCAAAGAAAAUGCGAAAUUGAAAGAGGAGAAUAAUAAUCUUAAAGGAUUAAUAGAAGAUAAGGAUCAUGAACUUGAUGAGUUGAGAAUUCAAAUCAAAGAACUUGAGAUAAGAUUGUGCCACUCAGAGGGAUAAUUGAAAAGGGAGAGAUAAGACAAGGAAAACAAUGCUCUAGCAUUCAAAAGAAUCUUGGCGAAUUUGACUUCAAGCUCAAAAGAUAAUGCCACUACUACUCUCUCCAGUAUAAAUGGUAUUCCAACUUCCCAGAAAAAAAUGAAUGCAAGAAAGCUUUCAACUUAGUUUGAAAUUCAUAGCAGCAUUGGCAACUAGUCCUAAUUCAAAUUUCUAAUGGGUGACACUAACUUUGGAACGACUGGCACCAUUACUGGAGGCAUGAUUUCUAAGACCCUCGAGAAUGAAAACACACUUGGAGCUGAAUUUAACACUCUAGACUAGAUUUCAAAAUUAAAGAAUCAGCUAACAAAUAAAGAAGAGGAACUCUAAAAUCUUAGAAAGUAACACAGAAGAGCUGGAAAUCAAAGUGUCUGGUGGUUCAACAAUAGAGGAUAGCAUAACUCUAAAAAUUACUUCAACCAAUCAGGCUCAGCUGGCUACUCUCCACUACCGACUUAACCCUCAGUGCCAUCUAAUUAUCAUAACCCAUUGAUUGAAACUAAUGUGAGGGGAUCUUCUAAGAAACCUCAAAAAGCUUAUCAACAGCAAUACUAGAUGCUUUCUCCCAUGUAAGGAUCCCCAAUACUUAGUAACAAUGGAAGUGUAAGCAGCUGGGUUAAUAAAAAUAGCUAAAUCUAAGCUUCUCAAAUCGGACAGUUCGUUCUGUUGAGAGAUGACAAACAUUCUCUGACUGAAGUUCCUCCUGAGAAUUCAUUUGACAUUCUCAAAAAUGAUAAGAGCUAAAGUUUAAUUAGGGAUAUAUUUUUGGAUAAAUAGGAUUACACUUAGAGGACUGUUCCUCAGCCAGUUAAAAGAGACAACUAAUAUGAAAUUUAAUUUGACAACUUAGAUGAAGAUUUGUAGAAUAAUGAUGAUGACUUUGAUGAUGAGCAAAAUGCAGAUGACCUAGGAUAGGUCUGUAAAAAUGAAGAGAAGAAGUUAGAUAUGAUGAUAAGUGGAGGAGACUAUUCUCCGAACAGUCAUACUUUCUUUAAAUAGCCAUUUAACAAAGAUCAAAAGGUUAUUGAGACUCUCUAAUAUGGUAAUAAACUAUAAGUCAACCCAGAUUAAAUAAGAGAUCAAAAGCUAGUUGUGUUGAAUAAAUGUCCUAAACAGUAGAAUAGCAAGCAUCAUAGAUAAAACAGUACUUAGGUGAGUGCUGUUUCAAAUUCACGCCGAAUAGACACUUCACAAGAUUUUAAAUCUCAAGGUAACAACUACAGUUCUAUUCUGUCAAUAAAGACUAAAGUUCCCGAUUAAAAGCAUUAGCAGUAGAGUUAGCAUCAGCAAUAGCCGAAUCUAUCUCCGCUACAAGUAUUUUAAAAACAAGUCUAAACUAGGCAAUAAUCAAGGAAAUAAUCUCCCUUAGGCAGCUUAGUCCGUUAAAAGGAUCAACUUAAUCAUCAUUCUACUUUAGAUAACUCUGAUUUGAUGACUCAAUAAUAAAUAUAAAACUUAAGAGGGUCAUCACCUCAUGAAGAUAGAACUUCAACUGGUCUAGGUCCUCAUAAUACUCUAGGCACUACGAUUGUGACAACAACAAAUGCAACUAAUACUUCCAAUAUAUCUCCCUUUAAGUAGGGAAAGAGACUUAUUCCUGAUUCGUUAGUCAAGAUGCCUCUCAGACAGCAAAAUAACAACAAAAAGAGUAAAGAAGAAGUUGAAAAAUCUAUGAACAUCAGCAAAUAUCAAAGUAUCAAGCGUUGA